ACACGUUGCUACAGGGCAGCCGGUGCUCUCCGAUCCAAUACCGGACAAUUAAGGCACGGCGCCCCUGUGUUGACCUUGGCCUGCUGGGAUGGAGGGCAUCGGCAGCGGCUGGGCCGCAGAGCUAACGCCGUCGUGCGUUGCCAGUGUGGAGGGAAACAACACUGGUCAGGUCUUCGAGGCGCCAUUGCGGAAUGGCUCCGCCAAGCGCAGCUCCCAGUUUGUGGGCGUGGAGCUGCUGCAGUCCUUCAAGCUGCUCAUCAUCCCAUGCUACACCCUGGUGGUUCUGGUGGGCGUCUUCGGCAACUAUCUGCUCCUCUACGUUAUCUGCCGCACCCGCAAGAUGCACAACGUCACCAACUUUUUCAUCGGCAACCUGGCGUUCUCUGACAUGCUGAUGUGCGCCACCUGUGUCCCGUUCACGUUGGCCUACGCCUUCAACCCUCGUGGCUGGGUAUUUGGCCGCUUCAUGUGCUACCUGGUCUAUCUCAUUCAGCCUGUGACUGUAUACGUGUCUGUCUUCACUCUUACUGCCAUCGGUGUAGACCGGUAUUAUGCCACAGUGCAUCCUCUGAAAAAGCGCAUCUCAGUCUUGGCGUGUACCUACCUUCUGGCUGGGAUCUGGCUGUUGUCUUGUGGGCUGGUGGCCCCAGCUGUGGCCCACACCUACCAUGUGGAGUUCAAGAAUGAGGGCUUCACCAUCUGUGAGGAGUUCUGGAUGGGCCAGGAGAGGGAGAGGCUGGCUUAUGCGUACAGCACGCUCUUCAUCAGCUACGUCCUGCCUCUGUCGGCCCUGUGCAUCUCGUACCUCUGUAUCUCUGUCAAACUUCGGAACUGUGUUGUGCCUGGCCACCACACCCAAAGUCAAGCUGAGGCUCAGCGCACACGCAAGCGGAAGACGUUCCGUCUGGUGAGCCUCGUGGUGGCGGCCUUCGGAUUCUGCUGGAUGCCCAUCAGCGUGUUCAACGUCCUGCGGGACAUUGACAUCGACCUGAUCGACAAGCGCUACUUCCUGCUCAUUCAGCUGCUCUGCCACCUGUGCGCGAUGAGCUCAUCGUGCUGUAACCCCUUCCUCUACGCCUGGCUGCAUGACCGCUUCCGUGCCGAGCUUCGCAAAAUGUUCACAUGCAAGCGCCGCAUCGGCAUUCCCGCCAAUAACUGUGCCACAGCCAGCGUGGUGCUGUGAGGCUGGGUUUCUCCGGGCCUCUCUCAUCC